AUGAAUUUCUUUUUUGCUCUUCCAAUAAACGAAGUCGAUGAUAGCCUAGAAGAUGAUGGACCUGAGGAUGGAUGGUUUGUUCCACAAAAAGAUGGAUCACUAAAAUGGGUUACCGAGGAAGAAGCUCAGAUGGAAGCACGAUCCGAACUCAUGUCAAGGAAAAAGUCUAAAGAAGCUAAAGUGGAUUUUUAUUUGUACACUCAGGAUUCUCCCGAUGAAGGCCAAAAAAUAAUUAUUGGAGACCUUGACUCUUUGAAAAAUGCUGGAUUUAACAAGAAACAUGAAACUAGAAUAAUUAUCCACGGCUGGUUAAAUACUUAUAAAUCCGAAGUGAACACAAUUCUAACUGAAGCCUUUUUGAAUACCGGAAAAUACAAUGUCAUUUGUGUGGAUUGGAGUGACAAGGCCGAUCGUUACAAUUAUCUCUCUGCUACCAGGGCAAUCCCAGAAAUCGGUCAACGUGUUGCGCAUUUAAUUGAAUUCCUUCGCGAUGAAGGAAAAAUGAAAACCAAGAAUUUGAAAGUUAUCGGUCAUAGUUUGGGUGCUCAUGUGGCAGGAUUUGCUGGCAAAACGAUUGAAGGAGAACAAAUUCAAACCAUUAUCGGCUUGGAUACUGCAUAUCCUCUGUACAAAUAUACAAAUUGCGAUGAACGUUUGUGCAGUACAGAUGCAGUUUAUGUUGAAUCUAUUCAUACAAAUGGAAAAUUAUUGGGAUUUCUUAAGCCUAUUGGUCAUUCGGCAUUCUAUCCAAAUGGUGGUAAAUCUCAACCAGGAUGUGGACUGGAUUUAAGUGGAUCGUGUUCACAUUCUAGAGCUUAUAUUUAUUAUGCUGAAGCUAUUACACAAGAAUUCCUUGGUGUAAAAUGUGAUGAUUGGAAAAAUGCUGUAGAUAAAGAUUGCAAAUAUCAGGGGAAAAAAUCUGUGGCAGGUUUCGAUAAACCGGAUAAUCAUAAGAAAUUGGAUGGUUCAUUUUAUUCGCCAGUAGAUAAAAAGUCACCUUAUAGUAUAAGGUUGCCAGGAAAAUGAGAUGAAUAUGUUUGUCGAUACAAUGUGAAAAUAAAAU